AUGGCUCCACCUAAGAACAGUUGGCGUGAUGCAGCUGUUAUCCUCAUGCUCAUUCUCCAGGUCUAUACAAUGGCUUCUUUUCAUAUGUUCUUGGUUAACUCGACUAAAACUGAUCGGUUUGUUCACCAUGCAUGCUAUUUAUCACGUUCGGAUUUGCAUGUACACCGCUAUGCGUUGUAUGGGAGAAGGACUCCGGAGUUGGAAGGCAUCACCGCCGUUCGACGCCGUGAACUUAUGUCUGCGGAAGGUUUCGAGUCCGACCUGGACUUGGCCUUCAACCUUCAACUGCAAGAAGCCAUCACCGCCUCGCUCUCCGUUUCAUUCUCUCCACCCAAAUCACAAUUAAGAUCAACCGCCGAAAACGAUGAAUUUUUGAGCUUCACUAGCAAGUCUGGCGAACUCUGCAAAUUCGAGCAAGAAUUGAACGACCGUGCAGUGUCCGAAACUGAAUUUAAGAGAAUUCGGGACGAUCUUCACUUUCAGAUCCUCGAUCACCGUGUGGCAAAUGAAAUGGCGACAAUUCCGGAGGAUCAGUGGCAGGAAAGUGGGAAACGUUUUGAAAGGCCGUACGGAGAGGGAAGUUCUAAAGGGGGAAGUGAGGAGAUUUUUAGGGUUUAUGCUAAGGGUUUGGUGGAGUUGUACUUGCCAACGGAGAUUGUUUUGGGUGGGAUUGGCAUCGCGAUAUGCGAUUCAAAGGAUGAGUUGUUGUUUGAGUUGAGAAAGCCAGUGCUCGGGAAUGGGAUGAGCCGGCCAAGUGUAGAAAUGAAGGCUUUGAUUGAGGGUCUCAAUGCUGCGAAGGAACUGGGUUUGAACAGGGUCGUUUUCUAUAGCGCUUACAUACCAAUUUUCAAUUACGUAACUGGCCAUUGGACACCCAAAAGUCCAAAGGUUAAAGCAAUAGUCAACCAACUGGCUCUCCUUAGAGAAAAUUUUAAGUACUGCCAGCCAUCUGUUGUGGCCCGAAAUGAUAUAAAGUUUGCAUUUAAACUUGCAAGAGAAGCAAUAGUUUCUCAGGUGAACAAGUCUGCAGAAUCUAGUGGUACUAUCAAUUCAUUUGAAAGUUGUGUAAUUUGUUUAGAGGACAAAAAUGUUGGUCAGAUUUUCUCGGUCGAUGAUUGUAUGCAUCGUUAUUGCUUCUCUUGCAUGAAACAACACGUAGAAGUGAAGUUGCUUCAUGGGAUGCUUCCUAAAUGUCCGCAUGAAGGCUGUAAUUCUGAACUGAAAAUUGAUCGGUGUCGUAAAUUUUUAACACCUAGACUGAUGGAAAUUAUGAGUCAGCGCAUUAAGGAGAAUGCAAUUCCAGUGUCGGAGAAGGUCUAUUGCCCUUACCCUAAAUGUUCUGCUUUAAUGUCGAAAAGGGAGGUUCUAGAAUCUUCGAAAAGUACCUUUUUUAGAGCAGAAAUAUCUGGAGCCAGAAAAUGCUUAAAAUGCAAUGGUCACUUUUGCAUCAACUGCAAAGUACCCUGGCACUCUAACAUGUCUUGCUAUGAGUUCAAGAGUAAAAAUCCUUAUCCCCCAGCAGAGGAUGUAAAGUUGAAGAAAUUGGCUGCAACGCAUAUGUGGCGCCAAUGUGUCAAGUGCAACCAUAUGAUUGAACUAGCUGCUGGGUGCUUCCAUAUGACCUGCAGGUGCGGCUAUGAAUUUUGCUAUACCUGUGGCGCUGAGUGGAAAAGCAAGGCAGCAACUUGCUCUUGUCUGCUUUGGGACGAGGAUAAUAUUAUAUAUCAUACAGAUGACGAUGAAUUAGAUGAUGAAGAUGAAGAUGAAGAUGAAGAUUAUGAUUAUGACGGUGUCUAUGCUUUUGAUUCCGAAGUUUGGUGA